AUGAGUCAGCAGAAGCCGCAGCAGCAGCAGCAGCAGCACAAGCAGCAGCACAAGCAGCAGCCGAAGCUGCAGCAGAAGCAGCAGCCGCCGGCGCGCAGACUGCCCAGCCUGCUCGUGGACCCCGCGCAGGAGACAGUGCGCCGCCGCUGCAGGGACCCCAUCAACGUCGAGGGCCUGCUGCCAUCAAAAAUAAGAAUUAAUUUAGAAGAUAAUGUACAAUAUGUGUCCAUGAGAAAAGCUCUAAAAGUGAAGAGACCUCGUUUUGAUGUAUCACUGGUUUAUUUAACUCGAAAAUUUAUGGAUCUUGUCAGAUCUGCCCCUGGGGGCAUUCUUGACUUAAACAAGGUUGCAACAAAACUGGGAGUACGAAAGCGGAGAGUCUAUGACAUCACCAACGUCUUAGAUGGAAUAGAGCUGGUUGAGAAGAAAUCCAAGAAUCAUAUUCGAUGGAUAGGAUCAGAUUUGAGCAAUUUUGGAGCAGUCCCGCAACAAAAGAAGCUACAGGAAGAGCUUUCCAACUUGUCAGCGAUGGAGGAUGCUCUGGAUAACUUGAUCAAAGACUGUUCUCAGCAAUUGUUUGAGUUAACAGAUGACAAAGAAAAUGAAAGACUAGCAUAUGUGACAUAUCAAGAUAUCCAUAGUAUUCAAGCUUUCCACGAACAGAUUGUUAUUGCAGUUAAAGCACCAGCAGAGACCAGAUUGGAUGUUCCAGUACCGAGAGAAGAUUCUAUUACAGUACAUAUAAGGAGCACCAACGGACCCAUUGAUGUUUAUUUAUGUGAAGUGGAACAAGAUCACUCAAAUAAUAAAACGUCUGAAGGUGAAAGGGCCUCUUCAUCUAAAAAAAGCAAACCAAAACAGCCCGAUAAAGAAGAACAUCCUCUGCAGCAAAGCGAAGAGUUGCUUGAUGUGAGCACCUGAUAAUGUUUCAGAAUUCCUGGACUGGGUUUUUUUUUUUUUUUUUGGAUACCCUAAAGGGGUGAAUUUUGUGUCAGAUUUUAUUCUAGGGGCAAUAACUCGUUCCCGACAUUUCCGCUGUCUCAGUAGCAGCAGAGGCCAGUAGCCUCAGUGAGUGGUUGGCUGCUUAGUUGACUGGAUUAUUCUGGUCACCACAUUUGACAUUGAACUUUUCCCAUUCACUGCUUUCUGUCAGUGAACUGAACCGUUCGUUCGCCUGCUGAAAUGACCGCAUCGUAGAGUGUCAAGAAAAUAGAAGAUUCUUCUUGGAGUCACCCUUUCCUUCGAAGAUCAUGUGUCUUUAUCCCAAAAGAAAUUGCCUUACACAGGCACGUGCCUGUAUUCAGUUACUGUGCGUUGGGUGGUUGAACACAUGCAGCUCUAUGUGAUGUCUUUGUGUAUAUAUCUGUACAGUGUCUGGAUUCCUUAAGAGACAUCUAAAUGAAGCUUGUAUAGCCAAAAAUAAUGUAUAUAUGGAGAGUAACAAAUUCUCUAAUUUCUGUGGUAUCUAUAACUUAUUAGAAUCCUCUGAAGGAGGGUUAGAGAAUUUUUCCCCCAGACUUCUACAUGUAGAAGUAUCUUAGAUAUGCUACACAUUUUAAAGUUUAUUAACUAAAUCAGGAUGACUCCCAGUGCUCGGAUUAGAUUUCAAGAUUUCUGCAGAGUCACUGUGUCCAAGCAGACCGGUGGCAUACCUCUAGGUUUGGGGGAGCAGGGGCAAUCAUAGAAAUGCCACCAGGUAAUUUCAUUCAUUGAAAGAGUUGGAUUCAGUUGUUGUGAAAGUGGAAGCUAUUUUUACCUUUUUGCAAGCCGAUUUUGUAAUAGGUCUCAGUCUGCAGCCUUGCUUUUUGGAUGAGGUUUACUUUAAUACCCUGCCCUCUCGCCAGCUCUAGUCUCGCAUUUCAAGUACCUAGCUAUUUCUACCUCAUUGGGUAAGUCAUUUACCACUCUGUGCCUCAGUUUACUCCGUAGUUUACCAUUAGACUGUGAGCUCCUUGAGGGACUGUGUCUUAACCAUUGUUAUACCCAACGCCUUGCACCAUGCCUGGCACAUUGAAAAGUGCUCAAUAAAUGUUGGAACAAAAAAAAAAAAAAAAGAAGAAGAAAAA